AAGUGACGUGCUGGAUGACGGAUGAGAGCAGAUAUAAUAAUCAUAUAGUUUGAAGCUGCAGACAGAAACAUCAGACUCAGGACAGAAACACACGACCUCUAAAGUAAUCUAAGUCUUUCUUCCUCAGAAAUGGAGCAAACUCUAUAUUUCAUUCUUCUUCUCAUUGCUCUCUGCUCCGUAUCUGAAUGUGUUCAGCGUCAGUAUCACUUUAUAAACGAGAAGAUGAACUGGACUGAAGCUCAGAGAUACUGCAGAGAGAAAUACACAGAUCUGGCCACCGUUGACAACAUGAACGAGCUGAACAAGAGUGUGUAUGGUGAACGUAUCUGGAUUGGGCUGCAGAAGACGGGUCGUGAUGAAUGGCAGUGGUCUUCAGGGGAACCUGCGCUCUAUCUGAACUGGGCGACUGGACAACCAGAAGGCAGAGAUUAUUGUGCUAUGAUGUUAAAAGGACAAUGGGAGGAUCUGCCAUGUAGUGAUAACCGGCAUUUCAUCUGCAACAACACGAACACAGGACUUGUCUUUGUCAAUCAGCUGAUGAACUGGAGAGACGCUCAGAGUUACUGCAGACAGAAUCACAUUGAUCUGGUCAGUGUGAGAAACCAGGAUGAGAAUCAACAGGUUGAGAAGAUCAUUAGUGAUAAUAACUCAUCUGGAUCAUAUGUUUGGAUCGGUCUGUUCAGAGUCAGAGACUCAUGGCAGUGGUCAGAUCAGAGUAACUCCUCAUUCAGAUACUGGAACACUGGUGAACCUAAUAAUCAUGGAGGAGUUGAAAACUGUACAGCUGUUGAACAGAACGCUAAGGGACGAUGGAUUGACAUCUCUUGCACCAACCAGUUUCCUUUUGUGUGUCAUGAUGAUAAACUGAUUGUGAUCAGAGAGAAUCUGACGUGGUCUGAAGCUCUGAGAUACUGCAGACAGAAUCAUGUGGAUCUGGUCUCGGUUCAUUCAGAAGAGAUUCAGCGUCGUGUGAUGAACGUGGUUAAACGGGCGUCUACUGCGGCGGUGUGGUUGGCUCUCUGCUCCGUAUCUGAAUGUGUUCAGCGUCAGUAUCACUUUAUAAAUGAGAGGAAGACCUGGACUGAAGCUCAGAGAUACUGCAGAGAGAAAUACACAGAUCUGGCCACCGUUGACAACAUGAACGACAUGAACGAGCUGAAGAAGUAUGCUGGACGAGUCUGGAUUGGGCUGCAGAAGACAGGUCGUGAUAAAUGGCAGUGGUCUUCAGGUGAACCUGCGCUCUAUCUGAACUGGGCUACUGGACAACCAGAAAAUAACAAUUGUUCUAUUAUGAGAAAUGGAACAUGGCAUGUUGUGGAAUGUGAUAAGUCCCUGAAUUUCAUCUGCAAUUCAUCCAAUAACAGACUCGUCUUUAUCAACCAGGAGAAAACCUGGAGAGACGCUCAGAGUUACUGCAGACAGAAUCACAUUGAUCUGGUCAGUGUGAGAAACCAGAAUGAGAAUCAACAGGUUAAGAAGAUCAUUAGUGAUAAUCAUUUAUCUGGAUCAUUUGUUUGGAUCGGUCUGUUCAGAGACUCAUGGCAGUGGUCAGAUCAGAGUAACUCCUCAUUCAGAUACUGGAAAUCUGGUGAACCUAAUAAUAUUGGAGGUAAUGAAGACUGUACAGCUGUUGAACAGAACGCUCUGGGACAAUGGAUUGACGUCUCUUGUAACAGCCGUUUUCCUUUCGUGUGUCAUGAAGAUAAACUGAUUGUGAUCAGAGAGAAUCUGACGUGGUCUGAAGCUCUGAGAUACUGCAGACAGAAUCAUGUGGAUCUGGUCUCGGUUCAUUCAGAAGAGAUUCAGCGUCGUGUGAUGAACGUGGUUAAACGGGCGUCUACUGCGGCGGUGUGGUUGGGUUUACGUCACUCCUGCACUGUGGGCAUCUGGUUCUGGGUGAGUGGAGAGACCGUGUGCUAUCAGAACUGGGCUCCAGGGAACGGCACAUCAGAGGAGGACUGUGAACACACAGUGAGAUCUGGAGCAGUUCAGUCUGGAGGAGAUCAGCGCUGGAUCAGCCGUCCUGAAACUGACAAACUCAACUUCAUCUGCAGCAGAUAUUAAGAGUGAAAGAUACACAGACCUUUCAUGUAAGAAAACAAGUGCUUGUGUGUUCACUUCCUUUAACUUCACUUUCAUUCAUCACUUUGUUAAAUAAUAAUUUUACAUAUAUUAAUUUCAGUCUCAGCAGGC